GUGACGGUGCUUACGUCGGGCAUGGCAGUACCAGCCAUCGCGCUUGAAGUAUUGCCAUAUGGUUUGCACAUCACCAAGAUCCUCCUCAACGCGGAUGGGCGAUCGAACGAUGUCAUUAUCGCUCCAUUCUCUGCUCGCGAACUUGUUAGUGAUCGGCGGAUGAUGAACUCUGUUGUUGGGAGGUAUACAAAUAGGCUCCCUGUUGGAAAAUACGAGAUUGAAAAGGGCGGCGUGACUGCGACCGUGACGCCCAUUGCCAACUCACGAUUGCCUCACGUGUCCCUGCACAGCGGUCCAGAGGGUUUCGACCGCAAGAACUGGACGCGCGUGGCGACGAACAAAGCAAAGAACUUCUCCAGCGCUGAGAAAGUCCUACUCGGGAAGCUCGACGACGAGAGCGUCGCUAUCUUCAGUCUGAUCAGCGAAGAUGGAGACGCAGGAUUUCCCGGGACACUGUACACUGAAGUAGCUUUUGCUGUUCUCCCCGUGCCGGAGGAGAAGAUCCGCAAGACCGGGGACAUCGAGCUGGGCAGUCUCGCAAUCGUCUACCGCGCUCGCCUCCUUCCUGGUGGUGCUACCAUCACGCCAAUCAACUUAACCCACCAUUGGGGAUUCAACUUCAGCGCAUCCUUGGAUCCCAAGACGGAGCCGGACGCGAACCAACAUUGGCUGAGGGCUGAUUCGUCCAAGCGGCUCGAACUCGGGCCCGACCUGAUGCCGACCGGCGAAUACUCGCAGAAUGAGCUGGACACCGAAUGGGACUGGAAGUCGGGCAAACUCAUUGGUGAAAAACCGCUGCCCCGAUUGGAUGGUUUCCUUGUCUUCGACCGGCCUCGAGCUGAACAGCAGCCGGUGCACGUCCCAUUAUCACAGUGGGAGAACGGGAACCUCCUCCAAGAGGCGUUGGACGAGAAGCGUGAGAAAGCGUAUGUGCCGAUCGAGCUUUAUGAGGAGGCAUCCGGCGUACGGGCAGAGUUCAUUACGAAUCAGCCGGGUGUGCAGCUCUACGGCGGAGAAGGUUUGCAAGGACAGGGGACGAAGAAGGCCAUACAUGGAGGGAAAGCGGACGGAUCUGGGUACACUGGCCGUCCUGGUGUAUUCCUCGAGUUCCACGAGCCAGUCAACGCGUUGUUCAGCGAGUUUGGUAAGGAAGAGGGCGCAGACACAAUAUUAUCUUCGGGUGAGAUGUACAACAAUUAUGUCAAUGUUGUGUUUUGUUAUCAGCCGAGGCCGUGA